AUGAAGCUCAGACAAUUGACAUUCUGCCUCUGGGCCAUAGCUGCAGGGGCUUCUCUGGCAGACUACCAGGAGUUAUGUCCAAGCAUGCAUGAAACGAAGCAUGAGAUCCAGCCUGAACAGUGGGUACUUGUCAAAUGCGGCUGGGUUGGCUCCCAUGAUGGCAGGAAGUCGCGGGUUGGUGAUAUCCGGACUCCUGCUGCCUGUGUCCAGCUGUGCAGUGACGACCCCACCUGUACACAUUCAUCCUGGGGUUUAGGAGAAAAGUGUCUUUUGAGCGGCUCCAAGUUCACCGAGAGGGAAGUCAAAAAUAGUGUGUUGCUUAUAAUGACCACCCCGGACGAUCUACAAGAUGAGUGCCCAGAGGACAGCCCCUACUGUGACGACGAAGAAGAAGAGGAAAUUUGCGAGGAACAGCUUGAGGAGAGCGAGACUCAACUCGAAAAUUGCGAAGAAGAGAAGAGUAUUUACCAAGAGCAACUCGCGGAAUGCCUCAUCGAACAAGAAACCCUUGCACAACAAGUAUUCGACUUGCAGUCAGCCGAGCUCAGUCCCAAAGUUGACGUCCCAGAAUGCGAUAUGAGCCAUGGAGGAAACUUCAAGCCAUUCCAGGAUUACAAUUCGGAGACAUUCGCUCGCUGUAUCGAAGAAUGUGCCGAUAACCAUCACUGUAAGGCGGCCGAGUUUGUGAAAUCCGGGCAAUGCAAACUUUACCAUCUGGGCAAAAGAGAUUCUGGUCGCUGGAUCUCAAAGGAGAACCGAUCUUUGGCCCUGUUGAUUGCCGAAUAG